AUGCGGCUCCCCUCAAGCAAUGACUCACAGUUAAGCGCUAGACCUACAGUAGGUGACGUAGGCGACCUGCCCUGCCGCCGCCUGUUCCUCGACUACCGGGGCCUUAGGCUGCUGGCGCCCUGGGCAUCCGACGCGCCGCUGGACUUCCGCGCGGCCACUGCUGACGUAAGCGACCUGCCCUGCCGCCGCCUGUUCCUCGACUACCGGGGCCUUAGGCUGCUGGCGCCCUGGGCCAGCGACGCGCCGCUGGACUUCCGACUGGAGAUGCUGCAGACGGUGGACCGGCUCCCGAUAACGAACAAGACGAUGGUGCAAGAAAGCCGCUUCUUCACCAUCGUGGAGCGCUGGCUCGGCGCCGCCGACGCGCCGCAAGACGUCGUGCUCAUCGACGAGGCCACCGGUCUUCCAGCAGACCUUCCUAACAGGACUGGACAAGCAAAUGCCGCACCAGAUAAGACUAAAGAAAACGCCGCCAUCUUAGAGAAAAUAAAGGACUUGUCCAAUCAGCUGUUGGAGAGAUGGUCGAGUUUAAAGGAGGUGUUCAAAAUCCCCAAAAAGGAGCGUAUACAGCAAAUGAAAGAACACGAAAGGCAGGCCAACGUGGAGCGGCGAGCGGCCGACUCUAGCGGCUCCCGCGACCGCGACCGGGACCGCGACCGCGACCGCCGCGACGAGCGGGACCGCCGCGACGAGCGGGACAAGGAGAGGGAGAGAGAGAGGGAGCGCGAGCGCGAGCGGGAGCGGGAAAGAGACAGGGAUAGGGAGAGGGGCGAGCGGGACCGGGAUCGAGACAGGGACAGAUACAGAGAUCGCGAUAGAGACGACAGGGACAGGAGGAAACGAAGGAGCAGUCCGGACGGCAGAAGGAGUAUACGGCUAAACGACCGAGUAUUAGCCGCAGUCCCGCCCAUGAGCAAAGAAGAACGGCGGCGCGCGUUCGCAGAAGCGGCGGCGGCGGCCGACGAGUCGCGGCGCCAGCGCGAGCCGCCGCACUGGCAGCACUACUGGCCGCAGGACAACUACCCGCAGCAAAUGUUCGGGCACAACCUAACCUAA